CGUAGCUGUCAGUAGGAAAUGCAGGCUGGUGUUGGAUGUAGCCCUGCCGCUGUGCUUGGAUACAUUUAACAAAGAAAUUCCCUUUUGUUUCAGAAUGAACACUAUAACUUAGAAUGGUUAUUUGAAUUAAGAGAGAAUGGUCGCAAAAAGAGUGCGUGUCUAACCGAGGUAACCGAAACACUCAGCUAGCUAUUUAUGCUAACUGAAACACUAUCGGCGCUAAUGCUAAUACUACAUAUUGCUAAACUAAGCUAGCUGCUAACUUAGCCAGCUAGCUCGCCGAUUGCAGGACGUUUGUUCUUCCAGGUCCUCGCCCCGUGCCGCGGCUCCUGCCCCUUUGGUUUUUCGUGUUUUCAUUUCACGGGGCAGGUUGCGGGACCGGAGCUGUGGCGGGGGGAACUAACGGAUAGGAACCCCCUGGCUGUCCAGGCGGACGGAUCACAGUGACACGCCGGUGUUGGGAGAGAUCAGAGCGGAACCAUGGCCGAACUCUCCACGCUAUCCCCAUCACCCCCCGCAUUGGGGGAUCCUCAUGUAGCUCCAUCCAUCCCUCCAUCCUCAUCAGCACAACAGGCUAUCAACCACCCUGUUCCAGAGUCUGCCAUGCAGAAGCCCUCACCCAUGUCUUCCCUCUACAAUGACAAAGCUUUGACUGGAAACACUCCUGCAGCUCAGUCAGGGGGUUCACCCUUGACCCCCCACCCACCCUUGAGUCCUACAAAACUCACUGCUGACACCCCCCUCUCGUUAUUGGUACAUGAGGCUUCUCCACAGAGAGAGGAAUCACCAGGGAAAGAUGCAGAGACUGUAGCUGAUGUUAUGAAGCAGGAGACAAGUGACCCACCAGCUGCAGAACGCUUGAAUACUGAAACAGCGACCCCGGCACCGCCGAGCGAGCCAUCAUCAGCUCCGCCGAGCGAGCCAUCAUCAGCUCCGCCGAGCGAGCCAUCAUCAGCUCCGCCGAGCGAGCCAUCAUCAGCUCCGCCGAGCGAGCCAUCAGCUCCAAGUGAAGGGCCACAGGCAUCACCCUCUCCUGAUCUUAAUCCUGGUCCUAAUCUCUACCCCAAUGUGCAUGUCACCCACAAUCCAAAUCCUGUCGUGGAUGAUGGUACAUUUACAGCGAGCCAACCCCAGAUCGCUGCAGCUUCUAAUGCCACGCCUGCUGCUGCAGCAUCCAUCGACAGCACGGCAGCCGUAGAGGAGAAACCUCAGCCACUUCAACAAGAAGAAAUCCCUCAAAGUCUGCCUCCUCCUCCUCCUCCUCUCUCCCCAAAGCCUGCAACUCCCAGUGAAGCAACUAAAGCAGAACUGCCAAGCACCCCCACCAGAGCCGAACCCCCCAGCCCUAGUGUCCCACUGAUACUGGAGCCAGAUUCUCCCUUCCCGCUGCCCAAGCCCCGGCCGGCCCUUGACAGCAUGAGCUACCUGGAGUCAGCCAGCAUCAUGUCAGGGACGUUGGAGUCUCUAUCUGGACUGGGAGAGGACGGCAGCUCUGUGGGCUCAGACUCUGAGGUCAACGGCAUGUCUGUCAGACGCACUGAUAAAUAUGGAUUCCUAGGCGGAAAUCAGUACAGUGAAAGCGGUGAAAAGGAUGUUCGAGUUGAAGUUGCCAGACAGCGGGAAGUAAAAUGGCUGGAUAUGUUUUACCACUGGGACAAAUGGGUCAAACAUCGCUUCCAGAAGGUGAAGCUGCGCUGCAGGAAGGGGAUUCCCUCUUCUCUCAGAUCCAAAGCCUGGCAGCUUCUGUCCAACAGCCAAGAGCUCCUGGACGCCAACCCUGGGAAAUUCGAGGAGCUGGAGAGAGAGCCAGGAGAAGCUAAAUGGCUGGACAUCAUAGAGAAGGAUCUCCACAGACAGUUUCCCUUCCACGAGAUGUUUGCUGCUCGUGGUGGACACGGGCAACAGGACCUGUUCCGGAUCCUGAAGGCGUACACCAUCUACCGACCUGAGGAGGGCUACUGCCAGGCUCAGGCUCCAGUGGCUGCAGUGCUGCUCAUGCAUAUGCCUGCUGAGCAAGCUUUUUGGUGCCUGGUCCAGAUAUGUGAGAAGUACCUCCCUGGCUACUACAGCGCUGGACUGGAAGCGAUUCAGCUGGAUGGUGAGAUCUUCUUCUCCCUGUUGAGACGUACGUGUCCGAUGGCGUACCGUCAUCUCAAGAAGUUCAAGAUCGACCCGAUUCUCUACAUGACUGAGUGGUUCAUGUGCAUCUUCUCACGCACGUUACCAUGGGCCAGUGUACUGCGUGUGUGGGAUAUGUUCUUCUGUGAAGGGGUGAAGAUAGUGUUUCGUGUGGGCUUGGUUCUGCUGAAACAGAUGCUGGGCUCUGUGGAUAAACUUCGAGAACUACAGGGCAUGUAUGAAACUAUGGAGCGUCUCAGAAACAUCGCACCUGACGCCAUCAGAGAGGAGAUAUUGGUACAGGAGAUUAUAAUCCUCCCGGUGACGGAGUCCCUCAUAGAGAGGGAGAGCAACAUCCAGGUGAGGAAGUGGAGGGAGUCGAGGGGGGAGCUGACCCACCAGCCGGCCCGCCGCCUCCACGGUACGAGGGCCCUCUACGAGCACAAACGCCGCGCCGCCUCCAUUAGCUCGGGCGGCAGCUUCUCUUUCCUGGGGAGCCAGAUCCCCCCCCCGGGCCCCCUCAGGGCCUCCUCCAGCCUCCUCUCUCUCCCGGGCUUCCGCAGGUCCAAGGCUCCUUUUCACUCCCAAGCCAAGAAGGGCUCCUUCUCGGGGCCGUCAGGAGUGGACUCUCGACCUGUAGUAACAUCGAGCCCUGAACGAGGCCCCAGCCACAAACCGCCUAUUCCUCCAGGGGCCGGUCAGAGGGCUCCGGCACCCCAAGUCCGGAGCCCCUUAGUGAGGGGUGCAGAAGGCUCAUCACAGGGGCCGGCUCUGGCCCCAGAAGACCCCCCAGCACACGAGCAGCCUGCUGCUUCAGCCCCGACACAAAGCACAGCACCACCCCCCAACACCCUAUGCCCCGCCCCUAAGAUCGUCUCUGAGCAAAUCACUCCUACUCUCCCCUCUCCCACUGCUAACAACUCCACUCUGACGCUCAUUCAAGACUCAAACAAGGAAGCGUCGCCAGCGUCUGAUGCCACAAAUGGAGAGGAAGAGGUCAAGAAGAAGAGCAAAGAUGACAAGAAGAAGGAAAAAGAAGACGACAAGAAAAAAAUGAAGGAAAGGAAGGAAAAGGAAAAGGCUGACAAAGAGAGGUUGAGGAAGGAGAAAGAGAGGCUAGAAAAAGAGAAGAAGAAAGGGGGGAAGAAAAAAGACAAAGGGGGAGGAGAGGCUGAGGACAGAAACGGAGGCGCAGCAGCAAGAGAGGCCUAGUUUUCCGCCACGUCAUUCUUGGAUAAUGAAAAGAGACGCGAAACAAAUAAACAGGUCCGAUGAACAAAGACCCCCGGAAACAGAAAGAGUGAUUCAUAAAAAGAAAAAUGGGAUGGCUUCCUGUAAAACGCAUCAUUUCAAAGACUUCAUGUAGUCCCAGGACUAUGGCGGGAAAAACUGGAUCAUGGUUUUUAAAGCACCUCAGGGGUUUCUAGCCCCUCGCUCAAUGCUUCUCUUGUUUUAGUACAAUGGGAUACAUUUCCUUUUUCAACUGGAGCAUGGACUGAAACCCAGAUAAGUCUUUUAUCUCUUUUAGUUUUGUAUUCUUUGUCGUUUAUAUUCUUUUAAUCAGAUAGGUGGCAGUGGUUGGAUACAAAUGGACUCGAUGGAUUGUUGAAGGAUUGCAGAAAUGGUUUUGGUGCCAUAGAGUAUGUAAAUAAUAAGUCUACCUACAGUACAUAGGAUCCUGUUAGCAGUCUACAUGCCCUUCGUGUCUCACCUGUAGACAGGUUUAUCUGGAUGUGACAAAAAGAAACCAUUGGUCACAAACCGGCACUGAAGGCAGAAAUGCUAGUAAUGUUGUUGAGGAUGUAUUUAUUGUCAUGUUAAAUGUUGUGAGUGAGUGUGUGCCUUAGUAGUGUAGUGAGAUGUGUUACUGUUCUGUGUGUGGCUUCCCGGUUUUCAAUCUCUCUCUAGCUGCUUCUUUUCUCUGAAGACCACUCAUUCCUGAUUGGUCCUCCCCAAAUUCUUCUUACAGUAGAAGGAGGAAAUGGAGAGAAAGAAGAGGGAGAAAUUAAGAAUACAACCAAACACCUUGACGUGGUGUUUUUUUGUGAUUUGUGUGUGUUUUGUCUCUGACAAAAGUACACAUAGGGAGCAUUUCAUUUCUUUUAUUUCAAUAGCAUUUUCUUGUGUCCUAGGUAGUUUUCUGCAAAAAGCGGGGCGCAACUUUAUUGAUAAACUGGUUGCGUGACAACAUUCAAUACCCAGCAGCGACCAUGCACGAGUCCUGCAGAGUACAUGUCCAUCAAAGUUAGUAUUAUCUCUGCUUUUGACGAACAAAGUCCUACAUAUUUCAUCUAGCCACAUUUCAAGCAUGGGUGGGAACUUAAGUUCACUAACCCAUUAGAAUGUGAUUUCAAGUAUCUUAAAGAAUGAAGGAGGAUUUUUGCACUUGUGAUUUUGUCACAAAGUACCACUGAAGUCGACCACUCCGUUAGUAGAAGUCUCCGGGGCGGUUUCAGAGUUAGAAACUGCGCCUCGAUAUAGGAAGCCACUGGACUGGAGGUGCCAGGUGUGCCAAUGUAGCAUGAACCUCUGACCUUUGACCUUCGGGCUCUUAUGUAUUUAUGUACAAAGUGGUUAAUUUAAUCAAAUAGUAUAUUAUGAAUUAUUAUUAUUAUUAUUUUUGAUCUGACUAUUUUUCUAUGCGAGUAAGAGACACCUGGUUGACUGGAACGAUGCCCGACUACACUUCUAUUUGCAGGGGAUAAUUUAAGUGUUUAAUUAUUUUUAUUUCUUUCCCUUUUUUUUGCACGCUAAGUCCUCUGCUUUUAUACAACAAACUCGAUGCAUGUCUUUGCGAUUAUUUAAGUUUACCGUCACUUGGUUUGGUCAACUGAAGGUUCACGAGUCUCCUGUUUACUGAAGUGCAGUAUUAAAAAGACUUGAGUGGAAAAUGGGCCUCAGACAGAACAAACGGUGAGAGGAGUUAUUCAGGCAGAUUCUUUGGGAGCUGAAGGUCUUAAUCGUACUGUAUAAUUUACUAAGAGGUGAUUUAUGAGCUUUGAAUAGUUCUUUAAUUGGAGAUCUUAAGUGUGUCUUUCUCACCAAAUUGUGUUGUAACAUUCAUGAUAACUUAUGGGCUAACUCCCUAACCUAUUUACACUCAGUGUUCUGUACUGUAACAUAUUUAUGCAUACAUUAAACUGCACUGACCCCUAUCAGUAUACGGUGAAUAGUGUCAGGUAGUGAGUGUAAAAACCAUUUGAUGGCAAAAAACAUUGAUGCUCUUUAACUGUACUGUUUUUGUAGUUGAGGAUUAGAGGGACUUUCGUGUAAUUGUAGCCAACUUGUCCUGCAUAUUCAUUGUUUUUCACUUAUUUCAGGUCUUCACAUGGCUGUCAUUGAAAUAUAUAAUUAGAACACACUCUCCCUCUUAUGUUUUGAUGCCAGUGCAUUAUAGAUUAGUGUAGUGUUAGUGAGGAUAACCUGAACACAUCUAUGCAAACCACGCUCCAUCAUGAUGCUGAUGGUGUGUGUGUGUGACAGCAGCACUGACUUCACCUCUGAUCCGGAUGAUCAGUUUGGUGCCAUGGGGAAACAUGAAUUAUGUCUCGGUAGGUAUUUCUGAGCACAUUUUCAUGCUCAUGGACUUCAAUAUUUUCUGAGCAAUACGUCAUCGCAGCUCAUGUUUUGAUGAAAACUGUUUCAGAGGGCUCGAGAUGCCGUGAUGAUCCAAUGAGUAGUCUCGCUAACUCGUGGAAAUCAGCACUUGGCGCCGCAAUAUGAAUGACGAACCAAGAAAUACAUUUCUAUCAGGUCCUUUCUACAUUUCUGCAUUGAUCAUGAAAUCGUCAUUCUUGAUUGUAGUUGAUUAGGAAUGACUACCCAAACUGAUGAAAAUAUUUUAAGAAAGCGUUUCAGCUGUUUUUUUCUCCCCAUGCCGUUCUGUCUUUUGUGUUUUUAAGUUUACAUGGUCACUCUGUGGCGGAAGUGAAAUAAAAUCAUAGCUAAUUGAAUUCAUUCCUUCAGAUCUACAACUGAUGUAUUUAAUUGAUGAUGAUAAUGACAUUUGUGAUGAGUAAUAAACCAUAAUAUAUUAAAUCAU